UGUAGUAUCCUUGGAGUCUAAUGUUUGUAUGCACUUAAUUGUACAUUAGCAAAUGUAGUUUGUUUACAAAUUUUAUAUUACAUUUUAACUAAGCGUAUUUUCUUAAAUUAGACUUUUUAUAAAGAAAAUAAGCUGUAAAUAAUACGAGUCACAGGAAUAUCUUUCUAAAUUGCAAAUAUUAUGUUGUUUUAUGGCAGAUCCUUCCACAUAACAGUUUUUAAAAAUCCUAAUUUAAAAAAUAAUAUAUAGUGAUCGAGGCUCAAAUUAAACAUUUAUAACACUAGUCCUGUCACUUAGUCUAUUUUUCGGUGGUUGAAAAUAAUUUAGAAUUGUAUAUGAUACUGAUAAACUUAGAAGAACAUAUAAAUAUAUGCAUAAAAUAGGAAAGCCUUCUUCCUCACUCCUCUUUCAGUUCAGUGAUAACCCAGUUUGGUUGAUAUGUGUUUUCUUCAAACAAUUUUUCCCCUCUAUACACAUGCAGAAAUUACUUAUGUGUAGUUUUUGCUAAAAAAAAAAAAAAAUGUUAUAGGAACUAUUCCUCAACUUAUCUUCCCAACAUUUAAUUUUGAAAACUUUAAACAGAAAUGUGGAAAUCAAUUUUAUAGUGUUAAAUCUGAAUACCCAUCAUUUAGAUUUUAUAACUAUUAUUAUUGAACUUCAUCACAUAUUCAUCUCUUGUCUAUCCAUCAAUCAGUUUUAUUAUUAUUAUUUGAUCCAUUACAAAGUAAAUUGCAGGUAUCAGUAUACUUCCUUCUCCACAUACUUUAAUAUAUGUCAUUAACUAGAGUUCAGUAUUGAUUUACAGGGGUUUUGUAAGGUUAGUUUACAUACCAUGAAAUGCAAUAAUUGGAAGUGUACCUUUGCUGAGUUUUGACAAAUUCACAUACUUGUAUAACUCAGACUCCAUAUCAUGGUAUAGAUCUUUAUUAGCACUACAGAAAGUUCCCUCAUGCCUCUUCUUAGUCUGCCCCUAUUCCUUCUCUUCCAGAAAAGCUACUGUUAAGAUUUCCCCCCUUCCCACCAUAAAACUUGAUUUAUUAAUUCAGUAGUGCGUUAUAGGUAGUGACAUGCACAUCUAGGUCUGCCUUCCUUUUUUUUUUUCCCCCUCAAAAUUGUAGUAACUUGGGAGUAGUCUACACUAUGGAUGUAUUAUAACUUAUUUGAUCAUUCCCCUCUUCUACAUGGACAUGUAGGCUGUGCUAUAUUUUUCUAAUUUACAAGAAGUGCUGUGUCCUUUAUACCGCCUUUUAUGUAUGUAUACUUGUAUACUCUCACGAGUACCUUUGCCAAUAUUACUAAAAAUAAAACUGCUGGGUAAAAGGGUUUUACGUUUUGAUGUAUACUGCCAAAUUACCCUCCCCAUAUGAUUGUAUCAGUUUAUGUGCACACUGGUAAUUUAUGAGAGUGCCCUUUCCCUGUGUCCUCUCAACAUUGAAUAUCAUCUGUCUUCCUGAAAGUUUUUUAAUAAAUUGAUGAAAAAUAUACCUAGUUAUUUUACAUUUCCUAAUCAGUAAUGAUUAGCCAUUGGAUUUUAUUUUCUAUUUUUGAAUUGCCUUUUAAUGUAUUUCCUUUGUAUGUCUCUUAUCGUUCAUGUGUUAUAAUAUUUUUUCCAUGGAUACUGUAUCUUUUGACUAGGUGUUUGGUGUGUUUUGGGAUCAGGAAUUUUAAUUUUUAUUAAAAUUUUUUGAAUUUUAAUUUUUAUUAAAAAUUUUUUUUAAAUGUUUUGGUUGAAAUUGACUUUAUGGGUUUUGUGAAGGCCAUCCUCAUUCCAAGUUUUUAAAACCAUUGGCUGUUUUCUUCUUCUAAUUUUGCUUUUUAUUGAAAUUAAGAACCAAAAGAUCAUUGUGAAUUGAAGUGCCAGGAAAAAUUUCAUUUGGAAAAUGAGAUUCAAAUUGUCCUGAAUUGAGAGUUAAAUUUAAAUAGAGUUAAGGAGAGUAGUGGGGACAUUUCAGACAGGAGGAAUGAAUGAUGGAAUGUGUUUUUCAUAUUCAUAGAACUGCCAUCAAACCACUUUGGCCAAGAUGAUGAGUCAUACAAAACUGUAUUUGGGGAUAUACUUGUGACAAGAUUUCUUAUAAUUAUUUUGGCUAAUCUUUAUGAUUUUCUAAAUUCUGCAUUCUGAUGUUACCAUUUUCUGUCAUAUAGUAGUUUUCUGUUAUUUUUCUUUUCCCAAUUCCAUAAAUAUUCUUCCUGAGGAGAAUAUGUGGUGAAAUACAGUUGCCUGAAAAGGCAGAAAAGGAAAGGUGGUAUCCAUCCCAUUGGGAAAAUCUGAACAUUGUAAAUAUUUACUCAGUGUAGUUUAAUUAGGAUUGAAUUAUAAUUUCUUUAAAAAUAGUUUGUGCUGUAGUAAUUUACAUCAUUAUGAAAUUAGUCAUUACACUCAAGUUUAGUUACCAGAUAGUAAUCUUUAAAAAUCUUGAAAUACUAGUGUAUCUACUAGUCACAUCAAAGUUUGAGUUAUGAGUUCACCACUUAAUAUAUAAAUUAGUAUGUUGCUAAUGAAAGUACUUAACAAAAUGCCACCCUUAAGACCAAGCAGCAGCAUUGUAUUGCUUGUUGCUCAGGAUGUGUAAUAGUUUCUGUUCAGCCAUAAGCCACGCCUGGUAGAUAUUAACUGACUGGAGUGAUCCUACAACUCUACCAGUUAUGUGUUUGUAGUUGUAAUCAGAUUUGGAGCUCUUUGGACAACCAUUUUCUUCUCUACAACCCUGUUUUAAGGAUUAUGUGGCACUAAUUUUCUCUUACCAGGAUUGUCUUUCCUUGUGGGUUGGCAGGCAGUUAUAGGACUGCAAAAUGGGUCUCCGGAUUCACUUUGUUGUUGACCCACAUGGUUGGUGCUGCAUGGGUUUGAUUGUCUUUGUCUGGUUAUACAAUAUUGUUUUAAUUCCCAAAAUUGUCCUCUUUCCUCACUAUGAAGAAGGACAUAUUCCAGGCAUAGUAAUAAUAAUAUUUUAUGGCAUUGCCAUAUUUUGUCUGGUCGCCUUAGUGAGGGCCUCAAUAACUGACCCAGGAAGACUCCCAGAGAACCCUAAGAUCCCACAUGGAGAAAGGGAGUUCUGGGAAUUAUGUAACAAGUGUAAUUUGUUGAGACCAAAGCGUUCCCAUCAUUGCAGCCGCUGUGGCCACUGUGUGAGAAGAAUGGAUCAUCACUGUCCAUGGAUUAACAAUUGUGUUGGUGAAGAUAAUCAUUGGCUUUUUCUACAGUUGUGUUUCUACACUGAACUUCUUACUUGCUACGCACUGAUGUUUUCUUUCUGCCACUAUUAUUAUUUUCUUCCACUAAAAAAGCGUAAUUUGGACCUCUUUGUUGUUAGACAUGAAUUGGCGAUAAUGAGACUAGCUGCCUUUAUGGGUAUUACUAUGUUAGUUGGAAUAACUGGACUCUUUUAUACACAACUAAUUGGAAUUAUCACAGAUACAACAUCUAUUGAAAAGAUGUCAAACUGUUGCGAAGAGAUAUCGAGGCCCCGAAAGCCAUGGCAGCAGACCUUCUCAGAAGUUUUUGGCACUCGUUGGAAGAUCCUGUGGUUCAUUCCUUUCAGGCAGAGGCAACCACUGCGCGUUCCCUACCACUUUGCCAAUCACGUCUAAACAGAUGGAUGGUGGGCACAGAUGGGUCCUCCAUGCUGGAAAUGCGUUACAGGUUUUAUGAUAAUAGAACUAUGACAGUCUUCAAGUCAAUUAAAAUCCACCCACCAAUCUUAGGCAUCAUAAUGUGCCCCAGGCUUUAUUUUAAUAGUGAUCUUGAUCCUGUUGUGGAACUAAUACAAGAUCUAUAUUUAAGUUUUAAAGCAUGUUUACUUUCAAAUUAGCUUUCCACAGAGAUUUCUAUAAAUGCUUUUGUUAUUAAACUCAAAAGGCAGCGAUUAGGAUGAAAUAAUUGUACAUAAGUUCCUUUUAGUACUGACUGUGUUACAGAUUUUAAUUUAUGGGAAAUUUCAGAUGUUUAUUUAAAUUUUCACCUUUAAGCAGUACUAAUGAAAUCUGAAUUUAAUUAUUCAGAUUUUACAAAACUUGAUAUAUACCUUCUUAUAUGUAAACUUCCUUUUUCAAAUACAAGUUAAAAUACUUAAUACUUCUUUUUAUAUGUGCUGCAAGUUUUUUUUUUUUUUUUUUUUUUUUUAAUGCAGUGUAGAAGUGAAUAACAACAAAGGGCAGUGUUUUCUUAGGAGUUACUUCCUAAUGUUUUCUCUUUUUCUCCUCCCCAGAACCAAAAUAAAACACCACAAAAGUAAAACACCAGCUACCUACCUUAUAAUAAAGAAAAGGUUAAUUUUUUCCACAUUAAUUUUCUGUAUUUUUUCCCUUUACUGUUGUAAUUAUUGAUUGUUUUUAGGAUAUUUGCUUCCAAGAGAAAUUUGUGACCAGUGGGCAUACAUUCCUGUUUACCCUAAAAUUUUAAUGAGGAAAGGGUAGAAAAUUUGCAAUAAUACCAGUUACUUUUCUAGUGCAAUUAUAUUAGAAUGCAUAUGUUUUUAAAAUGCCAGUAUAACUAGAUACUAUAUAAUGUACAGUGUAAAGGAGAAUAUUGUGCUUUUAAAAAUAUAUAUCCUUUUUACUUUUAUUUAUCUACUAGUGAAUCUAAAACUAUUCAUUGGACGUUUAUGUAAUAGAUAGUGGCCAACUCAUUGAAAUUUUAUUUAUAAGAAGGUACUAGUAAAAGUAAGUUAUUAACUUUCAUGUACCUAUAAUCACCUAAAUUGAAAUUAAAUUUUCAUUGGCCAGCUACAAUUUGUAUUUCUAAACACCUUUUAUCGUAGCUGUUAGGAAAUGACCUUAAAAUAAUAAAAUAGAAUGAUCUAUAUUUAUCAUUAGCAUUAUACAAAUUUAAGUUGCUAAUAGUGAUUGGAAAGCACAGAACAUUUGGAUAAAAAGACAUUUAGUGUGCUUUGAAAUAAAUUCAGAUUUUAAAUUUUUUUCCAUUGGAAUACUGCAAAAUCCAUGCUUUUUAAAACAAUUUAUGUACUUACAUUUACUUGAAGAGAAUAUUGAAAUUGUCUACUAUUCUUGGACCAUAUUAAUAUUUUUCUUUGGUUACUUUGGAAAGAAAAAAUCACACCUGGGAACUAAUGAAACAGAAGGUGACCAUUGUCAGCCAAUUAGCUAUACUAUGGCUAGUUCAUUCAGAAAUUGUAAAUAUCUUAUAAAAUAUCCUAAAAUAAUAGAAUCAACUCUCCUCAAAAAUAAUAACAUGUUUUUAUGUUUUAAUUAUAAUGUGUUAAUAUUUUAAAACUUAGAAGUGGCAGAUGAAGGUAUUUAUUGGUGCUAAUCAGAAGCAUAGUAAAUGUAAUAUAAGAAAUAUAUUUAUAAAAAUUAGUAUGUGUGUUAGGCAGUUGGGUUGGAUUUUGUUGUGCAAGCUAACUGACCAAAUUUGACGUUGUGGCAGAACUAUUAAAAGGAAGUAUUGUAGCUAUUAUGUAGGUAGAUAUCAGUUGAAUACUUUAUAUUGUAUAUAUUCCUUUCACAAAAAGACUUUGAGAAAACAGCAGAACCAAGUGAAGACCCUGUACAGAGCUUUAUGGACAUAUUUCACAUAGUAACAGUAGCUACACUGAAAGGUAAUGAGAGAAGUCUAUUUCCCAUUCUAAGGAAAUAUAUUUUUUAUUUUCUUAGAUUUAUCAUUUUUAGGGCAUGUUCUCUUCCUUUCUUUCUCUUUACCCUCCUUGGUCCUGCUCCAUCUGUACCCAUUUCCUCUUAAGUUAGUGGACUACAAACUAAUACACUAGAUAAGCAUAUAAUUAUUUUGUUUGAGUGUCAGAAGUGCUACAUAUCAACAUUUAUAUAAAAAUAUAUAUUAAAGUAUAUCUAUAUAGGCUUAUGAUGUAACUUACAGUAUUCUCAAGUUAGCACAUCUAACCCUACUGUGAGAUUUGUAGUUGUUGUUAGACUACCUGAUAGUAGCCAGUUGGCAGUUUCCUAGGGAUUGUUUAAACUCUGGUGUUCUUUCUGCGCCCUCUUUUGGCUAAUUGAUGUAAUUAUACUGGCUCUAGAGGUUUACUCUCCCAUAAGUAAAUUCUGAACAUGUCAGAGGUACACAAUAAGAAGGCGUUCAUGUACAAAAAUAUAAAGUUUUAUGAAAAUGAAUGUGUCGCUGUUGACAAUGUUAUUUCUAGCUCAAAAGAAUGUGAUGAUUACUUUGCUUCAUUAAGUAUAUUCUUAGUAUAAUUUUUACUGUAAAUCACAAAUUUAGAUCAGGACAAACUAAGCCAUUUCAUGUAUUUUAUUUUAAAUUGUAUUUUGGCAAAUUAAUUCUUGACACUUAGAAAAGCCGUUACCUUAAAAGUUAUUAGAUUAUUAUAAAACACAAAUUUUUUAUAGUUACAAAGGCAUCUAAGUAUCUAGAAUGUCUUUGAAUAUCUAAAAAUACAUUUAGUUUUCUCAUUCUCAAAUUUUGGAAUGAUUUUUUUUUUUUUUUUAAACUGGCACUCUUGACUAAAAACAACUAAAAAGAGAUUAGUAAUUCUUCCUAUAUUUUUUUUCUUUUUCUUUUUUAACUUCUUUGGUCAGAAUUAGACCUCUAGUUGUAGUAGGCAGUUUAUUAUGUGUUCAGGAUAACCACAAAGAUAACUAAAGAUGUUGAGCAUUAGAAAAUAAUUAUGAGUAGUAAGAUUACUAAUGUAAUCUACAUGUUGGACUAAAGCUUUUCUUUAUGAAUUUUCCAUUAAAUUUUAGCCAAAUAUAAAUUAAAGAAUUUUUUACAUUGGAAGAGUCAUUAACUUGGCUUUUGGAGAGGAAAGGUUCUUCUAGGAUAUAGUUGUAACUCAUGAACAAUAUAUAUUAAGUAUAUAAAUAUUAAGUUAGCCUAUAUGUCAUUGUAAUGAAAAUAUUAUUUUACUUAAGUCAUAUUUUAAAAAUUGUGAUUAACAUAAGAGACAGCUAUUUAAAAUUAUAGUUAACAUAUUAACCUUUCUUUCAGAAGAUAAAUAGUUUCCUUUUGUAAUAGUGAAGUAGAAGCUUGAAGGUGUAGUGUAGUGGUAGGACACAUGCUAGGCCUGGGUCCAAUCCCCAGCACCAAAAAAUAAAAGAAAAAUGAAGUAGAUAAUAUCAGCAUGCAAAAAAUUCAGUAUGACAACUUUAUAUAAUUUCUGUCAGAAUUAAUAUCAGUGCAUUUUUACUAAUGCAUACAGGAAUUUUCACUAAGUAUGGUGCCUAAUUCUAACUAUUCUCAGAUUUUCAAGUCACUUCCACACAAGUUAACUAGUUGGAGAUAUGUUUUGCUCAAAAGGGUUUUUAAAUUCUGAAUGCUAAUUACAAAGACUUAAGUUAGGACAAUACUUCCAAGUAGGAAGUGUGAACUAAUUAGAUUAUGACCACACGAUUUUCUAUUGUUAAAUCAUGGGGCAGUUCUAGUAUUCUCACAAUAUUACUAUUAAAUUAUAAUGUGUCUAGCUGUGGUUUAAUAUGGCAUUAAUAUUUGUUAACAUAGCUGCUAGUGUCUCUCUGGACUGUCUGAAGUAUAUGAGUACUUCUCCUGUGCUUCAUGUAUUAAUAGAUUACUUAGCUCAAGUUUACUAAACUGUAGUAACUUCUUUAAGCAAGUUUUUGAUGUGAUCUCUAGUAUACAUAGAUAUAUCUAGAAUUUAUUUGAAGCUUAUACUUAAAAACAUUAAGUAAUUUACAUAGGUACAAGUAUUAGAUUUCAUCCAAGCUCUACUAUGCUUACUUUGAAAAAUUAUAAGUAUUUAAUAAGUCAAGUACAUUUAGUCUGUACUACUUGCUAGUAUUACUAACCAUAUAAUUAACUAAUGAAUGUGUUAUUUAAUGCCCAUAUUUGUUGCUUUCUGUUUUAAGAAUCAACAUCUGAAUUUGUCUGUAAAUGAAAGAUUUUAGUAUACUCUAUUUUUAGCCAUUCUCAGUUGAAUUCUAGAAUCUUCUACAGUAGAGUAUGAGAAAGUAUUAGAACCUACUUGCUUGAAGUAUUUUGAACCAAUGUUAUUGUCAAUGAAUAUUUAGCAUUUCUGCUAUCUUUGGAAUGGUGAAGGUUUAUCUCUAAGAUAGUGAUUUUUCUCUGACUUCUUGCAUUAUCAUUUUGCAAUUUUUUAAUAACAAAAUUCACUGUGUUUUUAUCUGUUUUUCAGAAGUUGCAAAUACUGCCUUCUAGUGCUAAUUUGAAACAGAAGUUACAAUAUUUAAGAUUCUUAAAUCACUGGUAUUACUGAUAUUUUUCAUUAUCAUAAGUUUUACUAUUAUUAUGUCCUUUCCCCUUGAUACUCUAGAUGACAGGAAUCAAUGAGUAGUGAGUAGCCAAAAAAUUGGAGAGAGAGUGGGGAACUUAAUAAGAUGGGGAGACAGAGCAUGAGUAAUCAGCAUCUCAGCAACAGGGUUGACUGUGACAGUUUCUGUGACCUCAUAGAAUCUGUGACCUCAUAGAAUCUUGCUAUAGUCAUUUUAUUUUAGCCUAUCACUUGUUGAUACAAUUUUCUGUAAGAGUUGUUAAUGCAUUUAAGCUUUUAGUUCAAGUUAUUUAAGGAGUUUAUAUUUCUCUUUCUUUUCAGCUGGUCAGACACCUUGGAGAAAUUAACUUUAAGUAAUUUGGUAGUGUAUGCUAACAUGCAGUAUUAAAAUAAUGUGAAAAUGCAGCUAUUUAAUGCAGAGAGGAAAUGAAUAGAUUGCUCUGAGUGUGAAAAAAUAUUGGGACUAUUUUGACAUGUGUCUUGUGGCAAAGAAAGGACAGUAUUCUAGAAAAUUUUGUCACAGAGGAAAAAACCAACAAUUUGAAUGUAAACGGUGGAUUUCACCUUAACAUUUGGGAUAUUUUGGAUUUCUUUCUUGAUCCUAAAGGUCUCCAUUUCUGUUGGUAUUUUAAAUUCCUUAUACCAUGUAAUGUAGUGCUUAGCACAGUUGUUCAACACUCUGGGCUUUUUGGUAUUGAUAGCAUUAUAUAUAUAAACAAAGAUGUGGACAAAACAACAGCAACAAAAGAUGUGGGUUUUUUUGUGGCUUUGCUUGCUUGCCUGUUUGACUUAAAACAGGGUUUGAUUGUAACUGCUAAUUAAAGGGAAAGCUUAUCUGCAUAUUGCAAGCUCUGUCCUCUUGCCAGUAUGCAUGGGUGAUACUUUAACCUACUGGUGCCUGAAGUUAGUGUUUUACAACUUCAACAACUAAAACAUCCUGGUGCUAUUCAUUUUAGCAUUGAGUGACAUUUUUAAUUCCUGUACCAAAGAGUUAAUUUUCUUUUUGGUUGAGAGUUUUCUCGUGCAUCUGUGUUUAUAAAGUGGAAGUGAAUAGUACUAAGAACAUUUUUAUUACUAGGUCUUACUUUUUGCAACUGCUGCCUUGAUUUAAUGAUUUUAAAUGUUCCUCGAUGGAUUUUUUUUUCUUCCAGUUAAGCAGGUUAAGUAUGGAUAUUAAUUUUGUAUUUUAAUAUAGCUUGGCUACUUUAAAAGGUAGUUUAAUAGGCUAAAGUUACAAAAGAUAGUUUAAACACUUUCGCAAAAUUAUUUUUGCUUUUUUUCUGUAGCAGUUAAUAAAAAAUAGGAAGAACAACUAUGCUUUUAUUUCUGUAAUGAGUUAUAUAGCAUAUAGUGAUAACUGAAGCAAAGUGCUAAAAUGAAGGAUUAGUAGCAGGUCUUUUUUGAUUACAAAUUAAGAAUUUAGCACCUCUGUGUCUAUAAUCUUUAGUGGCUUUAAAGAAUACUAUUGCUAUUUGUCUGUUUUGUGAAUAAAGAUAAGUAAAAUUAAAGAAUACUUUUAAUAUACAUAUAUAUGAAGCGUGUGUGUGUGUGUAUACACACAUGUAUACACAUACUUUGCCAAUAAGAAAUGUAAAUAUACCUUGAUUUAAGCAAAACUGCUAAUAGAAAAUUAAACUUUACCAAAAAAAGAAGAACAAGUCUGGAUAUUGUUACUCACUUUACAUGAAAUUUCAGAGUAAGGAUAUUUUUAAAACUAAUUUUGCUUAGUGAUUCAUUUUACAAAAUGGAAACAAACACUCUUUAAAUGUACUUGUAAUUGUCCAGUUGUAACACUGCUAUGUAUAUACCGUUUUGGUUCUCUAUUUCUUCCCCUUAAGCUCUAAAAACACUCAUGUAGUAUUUUUAAAACUAGCUGAAAUGGUUAAUCAUUCUGGCAAGAUGAUGAUAGAAUAUAUGUGUUGAAAAGUAGACAAUCACAUUUGAAAAUGUUUUGCUUUAUUUUUGAUCAGCUGAAAUCAAUCUUUCCUUGAAUAUAUAUUUUAUGUGUGGGUUUGCAGUGAAUUCUGAAUGGAAAAAAAGAAUCAAGUCUGAAACUUAUAUGAAACAUGACUUCAGAUCAUUUGAAUGAUAGCCAGGAAUCAAGAUGAGCAUAUUCAAGGUGAAAGCAAAAUUUGCUUAAAAGCAAAAUGGGAUGGAGUAACAUUAUGGAUCUCGCUAGUCUGCCAAGAAUUAUUUCCUAGAUUUGUUGUCACUGUAUUAGUUCUGAGUAAUUCAGCUUAUUUAUGCAUGCUUUAAAUUAAUGUGUCUGAUUACAUUUGUUUUUCAAGUUAUGGGUAGUGGAGAAUUUGCCACCAUUUUUCUCAGAGAGAAUAUUAAAAAGUAAAUAAAACAGUACUCUACUUUAGCAUAGGUAGAGAAAAAGAACUUAAAGAUUAUAAUAGGAAGAUUUCUACUACACUCAGAAACACUCAGAGAAAGGUGUGACAUGGGGUGACAAGAAUGGGCUCUUGGGAGGACUGAAUGUGUGUCAAUCGUGCUCUGUGAGCAUGUUUUAUGUCCCAGGAAUUAGUCUUUUUUCUUUGUUUAUUUAACCUGACUAGCAACUGUAAUGAAUAGACAAAAUCUGUGUUAUUUGGGGGCUUCUAAAAUUUUAUGUCAACUCCAAAUCCUACCUGACAUUGUAUCCCUAAAAUAAAAGACCUGUCUGAUAUUUUAAUAAUAGUAUGUUCCAAGUACCAUAUGAAGAUCCAGUUUUUAAAUUUGUCAGGCAUUUUUUUUUUGUUGUUCAGCCCAUAAUAUGUGUAAAUCUGAAUGUUGUUUUCCUUUAUUAUCUACUAUCUUGCCUUGUCUAUUCCCCUGAGAAAAUUUAAAGAAAAUCCUCACUAACAUUUCUAGUGUUGAUGGUAAUAAGGAAAUAAUAGAAUUAAAAAUAUAGAGAGAAGAGGGAGAAAAAUGGUUAAAAAUAACAGGUGUGUGUGUCUGAGAUAUAAUUGUAUAAUUGAAAGGUCUACACUGGUUCUUAAAAUGAAAAACAAACCAGGUAUCUACCUUAAGAACAAUAUUGUUGUCCUUAAUUUAUUUAAGUGAUUUGGUUUUUUAUUUUGCUGAUUAUUUUUAAUUUAAAUUGUGAAAUUUUUACUUCUCUCAAAAUGUGUUAUGUACUGUAUUUUUAGAAAUAUUAUUUUUAAAUAAAUAUUUUUUAAAAACAUA